AUGGAUGAUUCAAAAUUCUUUUAUGAGAAAGAUCCAUAUUACAGGAAAAAAGUACUCUCGAUAAUUGGUUGCAUGCUUUGCCAGUUUAUAUUUGGACAAUGCAAUAUUUGGGGAAAUAUUCAAGUUUAUGUCUGUUCUUACUUAAGACAGUUCGAUGAUAGUAUUCAAAUCAAUCAAAUAUUCAUAGUAGCUCCAAUUCAGUCUCUUUCUCUAACAGUGGGAAACUUGAUUGGCACUAAACUUAUAAACAGAUUCAAGCCAAGAACAAUAAUGACUUUCGGGUUUUCAUUAUUUGUAGGCUCAUAGUUACUAGCUUCCUUUGCUUAAAACCUCUAUCUAUUCAUUUUAGCUUACAGCCUUAUGGGAGGAAUAGGGCUAGGCAUGAAUUUCUUCUUGCCUGUUUAUGUGGGAUGGAAAUGUUUCCCUAUGAGAAAAGGACUAAUUACUAGUAUGAUUAUGUGCUUUAAUGGUAUUGGAACAAUCACUCAGUCUAUCAUAUCAGUUUUGAUAGUUAAUCCAAAUAAUAUUAAACCUACUAUUUAAGUGGAACAGGGUGUGAUAACCUACAAUUACUUUGAUGAGGAGGUAAGUGGAAACAUUCCUCUGUUCUUCAGAAUAUUUACAGCAGCUGAAUUGGUUAUACUAGCUGUUGCUCUAACCUUCAUCUGGAUACCACCAUAUAAUUUAGAAUAGCAAGAUGAAAUCAAGAUGCCUUGGCAUGUUGAAUAGGAUAAUAAUGCCAAACUUAAGAUAGCAUUAAGUUCAAGAUAAUUUUUCCAAACAUACAUUAUGAUGUUCACUGGGGUUCUUUAUUUUUAAUACGUCUCAAUUGCAUUCAAAUCAUUAGGAGAAUUCCAUGGUCAUGAUGAUCAAUUUCUUACAUUAGCAGCAUCGCUUGGAAUGAUUUUCAAUGUAGUCGCCAGAACUGUUGGAGGUAUGAUACUAGAUAAACUAAGAUUUAAAUAUUACUUUGGAUUUAUAUUGCUAAUGUCAAUAACCCUAAGUUUUACCUUCAACUACUUUGCUUAGUACAAAUUUAUGUUUCUGAUAUUUCUUGCUGGAACAUUCUUUAUAUCUGGGUCAGUGUUUGUAUCGACACCAGUCUUUUAUGGAAAAGUAUUCGGACCUGAGAUUGGUUCCCAAGCUUAUGCAUACUUUUUUACAUCGAAUGCAAUCGCUGUACUAAGUUUUUCAUACAUUGUAAGAAACUAUUAAAGUUAGCUUGGAUAUGAAGGCCUCCUCUUAAUAACAGGUGUCGCAUCAACAAUCUCAUUCAUAGACUUAGUAUUCCUUUCAGAUUCACAAUAUAAAUUCUCGAGAUACAACCUUUUAGAUGAUGUAGCAUCCUCAGUAUAUUCCGGGCCUCACUUAAGUGAAUGCUCACAUGAAUUUGCCUCUGCUUCAUUUUUAAUAAGGAAAGAUAGUUAUGUCAAUAGAGCUUCUAACAUUCGAUCUCAUAUUUCGAUGAGCAUUUUAAAAUCUUAAUUGUCAGAUAUUUCAUUGAAAAGACAUGCUAUAAAUAUGUCUGAUAAUAGAUCUGGUUUUGGGGAUUAUAAGUAGUGA